GCUUUCGGCGUUCCCAAAUCAGUUCCGUUCCAACCACCAGCCAUGUUGGAGCAGAUUUUCACCAACGAUGACGUCCCCCGGGAGGUGCGCCUCAGCGGGAUCAACGCGUCCCCGAUGCGGAACUUUUACCGCGACAAAACGGUCUUCCUUACCGGCGGGACGGGCUUCCUCGGGAAACUCUUCAUCGAGAAGCUGCUGCGGUGCGAGGUGCGCGAGAUUGUCCUGCUGGUGCGGGCCAAACGGAACCGAACGCCCCGGGAACGGCUGCAGCGGCAGUUCGAGCGGGAAGCGAUCUACGUGACGUAUGCGAAAGAUCCAAACUGGUACUGGGAUCGCCUGAAGAUCGUGGAGGGUUCUCUGGAGUACGACAAGCUUGGACUGUCGGAGGCAGACCUUGCGUACCUGCAACGCUCGGUGGACAUCGUGAUUCACUCCGCGGCGGAUGUCCGCUUCGACGUGUCCCUCAAGACCCACAUCCGGACAAACGUGUUUGGGGGCAAUGAGCUGCUCAAGAUCGCGCUCGGGAUGUCCCGGCUCGUUUCGUACCUGUUCAUUUCGACGGCCUACGCAAACUGCAUCCACGAGGUGGUCGAGGAAAAGUACUACGACAACGUGGGGGUUGACCCGAUGACGAUGGUCCGGCUGGCGGAGUCCGUCGACGAGGAUCAGCUGAACGUGCUCUGCCGGAAGAUCAUCGAGCCGUGGCCGAACACGUACACUUACACGAAGAUGCUGACGGAGAACUUGGUCCGGCAGUACUGCGAUCGACUGCCGGUGGCGAUUGUGCGGCCCUCGAUUGUGAUCUCAACCUUGGAGGAUCCAAUCGCCGGCUGGACGGACAACGUCUAUGGUCUAAACGGCGUUUUGGUCGGGGUGGGUUGCGGCCUUCUGCGAGUUCUGCACUGUCACGCCCACUGCCACGCGGAUAUCAUCCCGGCGGAUCUGGUGGUCAACUCCAGUCUGGCCGUGAUCUGGCACACCAGCACUCAGCCUGCGCAGGGAGGACCCGUGGAGCACAUCUUCAACUGUACGACCCGGUCGGACAACCCGUUCACCUAUCAGGACGUGUUCGACUACGGAGUCGGCUUUCGUGAGGAGAUCCCAGCGCUGCAGUCCUUGUGGUAUCCCACAUACAACGGAGUUGAUUCACCCUGGGUGUACUACAUCUUGCAGCUGUUUUAUCACUUCUUGCCGGCACUGUUUUUCGAUACGAUCGCGAGACUGAAAGGGAUGGAGCCAAAGGUCCUCUUCCUGAACCGCAAGGUGCUCGCCUUCUCCGACGUGCUCGACUUCUUCACCACCAACGAGUGGGUGUUCCGGAACGAAAAGAUGCGAGCCGUGUACGACGCCAUGACCGCCGACGACCAGACCUUCUUCCCGGUGGACAUCCGGCGCGUCAAGUGGGCCGAGUUCUUCCCGACGUACCUGCUCGGACUACGCAAGUACAUCGUGCGGGAAAGUCUGGACAAUCUGGAGCAGGCCAAGCGCAAGUUCCAGCUGCUGAAGGCCGCCCAUUACGUGGUUCUAGCGUUGGUCUACGUGGCCUUGGCUUACGUGGGGUACGCGCUGCUGGGGAAGGGCUUGACGGAACGGUACGGGUUUCGUGUGAUUAAGUGACGAAUAAAGUGCUUAAAGAUU